GCGAGUGAUUUUGUAAUUUAUAUGCAUAAUGAGUGCAGAAGUUCCUUAUUAGCUUUUGUGUGAAAGACAACAGCCUUGGAUAUUUGCACUAAUUGAGAUGACAUGAACUUCUAUUGAGACGAGCGCAGACACUAGUCUGCCCUUAUUCAGUGCAAUCCUGUCUGUCCCGGCCACCACCAUGUCUUUCGUGCCCACCCCAAGCCCCACUGUGGUGGAUCAGACCACGCUUAUGAAGAAAUACCUGCAGUUUGUGGCGGCGCUCACUGACAACAACACACCGGAUGAGACCAAACUGAAAAUGAUGCAGGAAGUCAGUGAGAAUUUUGAGAAUGUCACAUCCUCGCCACAGUAUUCUACUUUCUUGGAGCACAUCAUCCCUCGUUUCCUAACGUUUCUGCAGGAUGGAGAAGUGCAGUUCCUUCAAGAGAAACCAACACAGCAAUUAAGAAAACUUGUCCUGGAGAUCAUCCACCGAAUCCCAACUAAUGAACAUCUCCGGUCUCAUGCCAAGAACAUCCUUUCUGUCAUGUUCCGCUUCCUUGAGAUUGAAAGUGAGGAGAAUGUGCUAAUUUGUUUACGGAUCAUCAUUGAACUGCAUAAACAGUUUCGCCCGCUGAUCUCUCAAGAGAUUCAUCAUUUUUUGGACUUUGUGAAGCAAAUUUACAAAGAACUGCCUAAAGUAGUGACGAGGUACUUUGAGAAUCCUCAGGUUAUAGCAGAAAACACAGUGCCUUCUCCAGAAAUGGUGGGCAUGAUCACCUCAGUAUUGGUGAAGACCGCACCGGAGCAUGAGGACAGCGAGACCCGGACGCAUACCAUAAUCCCCCGGGGAUCGCUGUCACUCAAAGUGUUGGCAGAGCUGCCCAUCAUCGUCGUACUCAUGUAUCAGCUGUACAAACUGAGCAUUCACAACGUGGUGUCGGAGUUUGUGCCUCUUAUCAUGAACACCAUCAUGCUGCAGGUGUCUCCGCAGGCUCGGCAACACAAACUGUUCAACAAGGAGCUGUAUGCAGAUUUUAUCGCCGCACAGAUCAAGACCUUGUCAUUCCUCGCUUACAUUAUCCGGAUCUACCAGGACUUGGUUGGGAAGUACUCCCAGCAAAUGGUGAAGGGGAUGCUGCAGCUGCUGUCUAACUGCCCCCCUGAGACUGCUCACCUGCGGAAAGAGCUCCUGAUCGCUGCCAAGCACAUCCUCACCACCGAUCUACGCAGCCAAUUCGUUCCAUGCAUGGACAAGCUUUUCGACGAGUCGAUACUCAUUGGCUCAGGAUACACUGCGAGAGAGACGCUGAGGCCCUUGGCAUACAGCACACUAGCAGACUUGGUGCACCAUGUUAGACAGAACCUCCCGUUGACGGACCUCUCCCUGGCUGUGCAACUGUUCGCUAAGAAUAUUGACGAUGAGUCCCUCCCCAGCAGUAUCCAAACCAUGUCCUGUAAGCUGUUGCUAAACCUUGUAGACUGCAUCCGAUCAAAGAGCGAACAGGAGAACGGAAACGGCAGAGACAUUCUCAUGAGAAUGCUGGAGGUAUUUGUGUUGAAGUUCCACACCAUUGCACGGUACCAGCUGGUAUCUAUCUUUAAGAAGUGCAAGCCCCAAUCAGAGAUGGGUGUGGUGGACACAGGGGCGUUACCAGGAGUCCCAGCCACCCCUACUGUAACUACACCCGCCUUACCUCCACCUCCACCUGCACCCCCAACACCUGUCACCCCUGCACCACCACCGGCCACACCUUUUGAUAGAUCUGGGGACAAGGAGGACAAACAGACCUUCCAGGUGUCCGACUGUCGCAGUCUGGUGAAGACUCUUGUGUGUGGAGUGAAAACUAUCACAUGGGGCAUCACUUCUUGUAAAGCUCCUGGAGAGGCACAGUUCAUUCCCAACAAGCAGCUCCAGCCCAAAGAAACACAGAUCUACAUCAAGCUGGUGAAAUAUGCCAUGCAGGCCUUGGACAUCUACCAGGUACAGAUUGCCGGCAAUGGGCAGACGUACGUUCGUGUGGCUAACUGUCAGACGGUGCGGAUGAAAGAGGAGAAGGAGGUUUUAGAGCACUUCGCCGGAGUCUUCACCAUGAUGAACCCUCUCACUUUUAAAGAGAUCUUCCAGACCACUGUUCCAUACCUGGUGGAACGCAUUUCCAAAAACUACGCCCUACAGAUUGUGGCAAAUUCCUUCCUGGCCAACCUGACCACCUCUGCACUGUUUGCCACCAUUUUGGUGGAGUAUCUGUUGGAGCGUCUGCCUGAGAUGGGCUCCAAUGUAGAGUUAUCAAACCUGUAUCUCAAACUCUUCAAACUGGUCUUUGGCUCAGUGUCUCUCUUUGCUGCUGAAAAUGAGCAAAUGCUCAAGCCUCACCUUCAUAAAAUAGUCAAUAGUUCCAUGGAGCUGGCUCAAUCUGCUAAGGAGCCCUAUAAUUACUUCCUGUUGCUGAGAGCCCUGUUCCGCUCUAUAGGAGGGGGCAGCCAUGACCUCUUGUACCAGGAGUUUCUGCCUUUGCUGCCUAAUUUACUGCAAGGUUUGAACAUGCUGCAGAGUGGACUCCAUAAGCAGCACAUGAAGGAUCUGUUUGUGGAGCUGUGUCUCACUGUCCCUGUGCGACUGAGCUCUCUUUUGCCCUACCUGCCCAUGCUCAUGGACCCACUGGUGUCUGCACUCAACGGUUCCCAGACUUUGGUCAGCCAGGGCCUGCGCACACUGGAGCUAUGUGUGGACAACCUGCAGCCUGACUUCCUCUAUGACCACAUCCAGCCAGUCCGAGCUGAACUGAUGCAGGCGUUGUGGCGAACGCUCCGUAACCCUGCGGAGACCAUCUCCCAUGUUGCUUACCGGGUACUGGGCAAGUUUGGUGGAAGUAACCGAAAAAUGCUGAAGGAGUCGCAGAAGCUGCAGUAUGUGGUGACUGAGGUUCAAGGCCCCAGCAUCAAGGCAGAGUUCACAGACUGCAAAGCCUCCAUUCAGCUUCCCAUGGAAAAGGCUAUAGAGACUGCACUGGAUUGCCUGAAGAGUGCCAAUACUGAGCCGUAUUACAGACGACAGGCCUGGGAGGUGAUCAAAUGCUUCCUGGUAGCCAUGACCAGCCUGGAGGACAACAAGCAUGCCCUUUACCAGCUUCUCGCCCAUCCCAACUUCACAGAGAAGUGGAUCCCUAACGUGAUCAUCUCCCACCGGUACAAAGCCCAGGACACCCCAGCACGCAGGACGUUCGAGCAGGCCCUGACGGGGGCGUUCAUGUCUGCGGUCAUCAAGGAUCUCAGGCCCAGCGCUCUGCCUUUCGUUGCCAGCUUGAUCCGCCAUUACACCAUGGUGGCAGUGGCUCAGCAGUGCGGUCCCUUCUUGCUGCCAUGCUACCAGUCAGGCAGCCAGGCCAGCACGGCUAUGUUCCACAGUGAAGAGAACGGCUCCAAAGGCAUGGACCCACUCGUGCUGAUCGACGCCAUCGCCAUCUGCAUGGCCUAUGAGGAGAAGGAGCUGUGCAAGAUUGGGGAAGUGGCACUUGCUGUCAUCUUUGAUGUUGCCAGCAUUAUCCUGGGCUCCAAAGAAAGGGCGUGCCAGCUGCCGUUGUUCUCCUACAUAGUGGAGCGUCUAUGUGCAUGCUGCUAUGAGCAGGCCUGGUAUGCUAAGCUGGGUGGAGUGGUGUCCAUUAAGUUCCUGAUGGAGAGGCUUCCUCUGAUUUGGGUGUUGCAAAACCAGCUGACCUUCCUCAAAGCUCUGCUCUUUGUCAUGAUGGACCUCACAGGAGAGGUGUCUAACGGGGCAGUUGCCAUGGCAAAGACCACACUGGAGCAGUUGUUGAUGCGCUGUGCCACUCCUCUUAAGGAUGAGGAGAAGACUGAGGAGCUUCUGUCUGCCCAGGAUAAAUCCUUCCAUCUGGUGACCCAUGACCUUGUACGGGAGGUCACCUCCCCCAAUUCCACUGUCCGCAAGCAGGCCAUGCACUCCCUGCAGGUGCUGGCUCAAGUCACAGGCAAGAGCGUCACCAUCAUCAUGGAGCCUCACAAAGAAGUGCUGCAAGACAUGGUUCCUCCAAAGAAACACCUGCUGCGGCAUCAGCCUGCCAAUGCUCAGAUUGGCCUGAUGGAGGGCAACACCUUCUGCACCACUCUACAGCCCCGCCUCUUCACCAUGGACCUCAACGUGGUGGAACACAAAGUCUUUUACACAGAGUUGCUGAACCUGUGUGAAGCUGAGGAUGCUGCUUUGAUGAAGCUGCCCUGUUAUAAAAGCCUUCCUUCACUGGUGCCGCUGCGCAUUGCUGCUCUCAAUGCCCUGGCAGCCUGUAACUAUCUUCCCCAGUCCCGAGAGAAGAUCAUUGCUGCCCUCUUCAAGGCCCUCAACUCUACUAACAGUGAGCUCCAGGAGGCCGGAGAGGCCUGCAUGAGAAAGUUCUUAGAGGGGGCUACUAUCGAGGUGGAUCAGAUCCAUACACACAUGCGGCCCUUGCUGAUGAUGCUUGGAGACUAUCGCAGUCUGACACUCAAUGUGGUCAACAGACUGACAUCAGUCACUCGUCUCUUCCCCAACUCCUUCAAUGACAAAUUCUGUGACCAAAUGAUGCAACAUCUGCGUAAAUGGAUGGAGGUGGUGGUGAUCACGCAUAAAGGAGGCCAGCGUAGUGAUGGCAGUCCUGCCAUGGAGGGUGUAGAGGAAAUGAGGAUCUGUUCGGCCAUUAUAAACCUCUUCCACCUGAUACCAGCUGCUCCACAGACACUGGUGAAACCUUUGCUGGAAGUGGUCAUGAAAACGGAGAGGGCGAUGCUCAUAGAGGCAGGCAGUCCCUUUAGAGAGCCACUGAUCAAAUUCCUGACACGUCAUCCGUCUCAAACAGUGGAGCUUUUCAUGAUGGAGGCCACUCUCAAUGACCCACAGUGGAGUCGCAUGUUCAUGAGUUUCUUGAAGCACAAAGAUGCCAAGCCACUUCGAGAUGUCUUGGCUUCUAACCCAAAUCGAUUUGUCCCUCUGCUGGUUCCAGCUGGGCCUGCAGCAACUGUGAGACCUGGGUCUCCCUCCACCAGUACUGCCCGCCUUGACCUGCAGUUCCAGGCCAUCAAGAUCAUAAGCAUCAUUGUGAAAAAUGAUGAAGGCUGGUUGGCGGGUCAGCACUCUUUAGUGAGUCAGCUCAGACGCGUGUGGGUCAGCGAGGCCUUCCAGGAGCGCCACCGCAAAGACAGCAUGGCUGCAACCAACUGGAAAGAGCCCAAACUAUUAGCAUACUGUCUGCUUAGCUACUGCAAACGCAACUACUCUGAGAUAGAGCUAAUCUUUCAGCUGCUGAGAGCCUUCACUGGCCGCUUCCUGUGCAACAUGACCUUCCUGAAGGAGUACAUGGAGGAGGAGAUCCCCAAGAACUACAGCAUCACACACAAACGAGCGCUCUUCUUCCGCUUUGUGGAGUUCAAUGACCCACACUUUAAUGAUGAGCUCAAGGCGAAGGUGUUGCAGCACAUCCUGAACCCAGCCUUCCUGUACAGCUUUGAGAAAGGGGAAGGCGAGCAACUGCUGGGGCCGCCCAAUCCAGAGGGUGACAACCCUGAGAGCAUCACUAGUGUCUUCAUCACCAAGGUCCUUGACCCUGAGAAGCAGGCAGACCUGGCUGAUUCAUUGAGGAUCUACCUGCUUCAGUUCUCAACCUUGCUGGUAGAGCACGCUCCUCAUCACAUCCAUGACAACAACAAGAGCAGGAAUAGCAAGCUGAGGCGUCUUAUGACCUUCGCUUGGCCUUGCCUGCUCCCCAAAACCUGCGUGGAUCCGGCCUGCAAGUACAGUGGCCACCUCUUGCUGGCUCACAUUAUCGCCAAGUUUGCCAUUCACAAAAAGAUUGUGUUGCAGGUUUUCCACAGUCUGCUAAAGGCUCAUACUAUGGAAGCACGUGCCAUUGUUCGGCAAGCCAUGGCAAUUCUCACACCUGCUGUACCUGCUCGGAUGGAGGACGGUCAUCAGAUGCUCACACACUGGACCCGCAAGAUCAUUGUGGAGGAGGGCCACACAGUUCCUCAGCUUGUCCAUAUACUUCACCUCAUUGUACAGCACUUCAGAGUUUAUUACCCAGUGAGACAUCACCUGGUUCAGCACAUGAUCAGUGCUAUGCAGCGAUUGGGCUUCACCCCUAGUGUAACUAUUGAGCAGAGGAAGUUGGCAGUGGACUUAGCUGAGGUGGUCAUCAAAUGGGAGCUCCAGAGAAUCAAAGACCAACAGCCGGAAUCGGAAGCUGAUCCAGUAAGUGUGGGCGAGGGCACGAGCGGAGCCUCUGGUGCUAUGAAGAGAGGAAUGUCUGUUGACACGGCGCAAGACGUAAAGAGAUUUCGCACUGCUGCUGGUGCUGUCAGCACGGUCUUUGGCCGCAGUCAGUCGAUGCCAGGCACAGAGGCUCUACUUACCAAACCUGUGGAAAAACAGCACACCGAUACUGUGGUCAACUUCCUCAUCCGCAUCGCCUGCCAGGUAAAUGAUAGCACUAAUGUGGCAGGCUCUCCCGGUGAGCUGCUGUCCCGUCGCUGUGUGAACCUCAUGAAGACUGCCCUCAGACCAGACAUGUGGCCCCGUGCCGAACUUAAACUGCAGUGGUUCGACAAGCUCCUUAUGACUGUGGAGCAGCCAAACCAGGCAAACUUCUCCAACAUCUGCACAGGGCUUGAGAUUCUCAGCUUCCUUCUGUCAGUGCUGCAGCCUCCAGCCAUUCUUGCGCACUUCAAGUCCCUGCAGCGUGGCAUUGCAGCUUGCAUGACCUGUGGCAACACCAAAGUGUUGAGGGCAGUCCACUCCCUCCUGUCCAGACUCAUGAGCACCUUCCCCACAGAACCCAGCACAUCCUCAGUGGCUUCCAAGUAUGAGGAGCUGGAGUGUCUGUACGCUGCCGUAGGGAAGGUCAUUUAUGAAGGCCUCACCAACUACGAGAAAGCCAGCAGCGCUAACCCAACUCAAUUGUUCGGAACGCUGAUGAUCCUGAAGUCGGCCUGCAGCAACAACUCCAGCUACAUCGACCGCCUCAUUUCCGUCUUUAUGCGCUCCCUGCAGAAGAUGGUGAGAGAGCACCUGAGCCCGCAACCCAACCCCGGAGCCGCUGAAACCAGCACAGUGACAAGCGAGUUGGUCAUGCUUAGCUUGGAUCUGGUAAAGGAGAGGCUGUCGGUCAUGAACAUGGAAAUGAGGAAGAACUUCAUCCAGGUCAUCCUUACAUCCCUCAUCGAGAAAUCUCCCGACCCAAAGAUUCUUCGAGCUGUGGUGAAGAUUGUGGAGGAAUGGGUCAAGAACAACUCUGGCAACCCCAUGGCCACCAACCAGGUGCCUAAUCCAAGAGAGAAAUCCAUUCUGCUGGUGAAAAUGAUGACCUACAUUGAGAAGCGCUUUCCUGACGACCUUGAAUUGAAUGCCCAGUUCCUGGACCUCGUUAAUUACGUCUACAGAGAUGAGAACCUCUCAGGAAGUGACAUCACAUCCAAGCUGGAGCCAGCAUUCUUGUCAGGGCUACGCUGCACCCAGCCACUGAUCAGAGCAAAGUUUUUCGAGGUGUUUGAUGCAUCAAUGAAGCGGCGAGUCUAUGAGAGGCUUCUGUAUAUUUGCUGCUCGCAGAACUGGAAUCGUGGCAGUUCAGAGUUUGAUUCUGUCGUCUCUGCUUCACAGCUGCUGUUGGCGGUCUGUGAGAGGAACACCACCAUUGGCACCAGCUGCCAGGGCUCCAUGCUCCCCUCCAUCACCAACGUCAUCAACCUGGCUGACAGCCAUGACCGUGCAGCCUUCGCCAUGGCAACGCAUAUCAAACAGGAACCUCGUGAGAGAGAAAACAGCGAGACCAAGGAGGAGGAUGUGGAGAUAGACAUCGAACUGGCACCUGGUGACCAGACCAGCCUCCCUAAGACCAAGGAGCAGGCGGAGAGAGAUGCAGGCAACCAGCUGCACAUGCUCACCAACCGCCACGAUAAGUUCCUGGACUCCCUGAGAGAGGUCAAGACGGGAGCACUGCUGAAUGCACUGGUUCAGUUGUGCCACAUCUCCACUCCAUUGGCUGAGAAGACCUGGGUCCAGCUCUUCCCCCGCUUAUGGAAGAUUCUGUCGGACCGACAGCAGCAUGCAAUCUCAGGCGAGAUGGGUCCGUUCCUGUGUAGCGGUAGUCAUCAAGCUCAGAGAGAUUGCCAGCCCAGUGCUCUAAACUGCUUUGUGGAGGCCAUGUCUCAGUGCGUGUCGCCCAUAGCCAUCAGGCCCUGCGUGCUGAAGUACUUAGGAAAAACCCACAAUCUAUGGUUACGCUCCACCCUGAUGCUGGAGCAGCAAGCCUUUGAGAAAGGCCUUAGCUUGCACAUCAAACACAAACAGAGCACAGAGUUCUAUGAGCAAGAAAGCAUCACUCCUCCACAGCAGGAGAUCCUAGACUCGCUGGCGGAGCUCUACUCCCUACUGCAGGAAGAGGACAUGUGGGCGGGGCUGUGGCAGAAAAGAUGCAAGUUCCCUGAGACGAGCACCGCCAUUGCAUACGAGCAGCAUGGCUUCUUUGAACAGGCUCAAGAAACCUAUGAGAAGGCAAUGGAGAAAGCUCGCAAAGAGCACAAUGUCUCGCCCGCCAUCUUCCCAGAGUACCAACUGUGGGAGGAUCACUGGAUACGUUGUUCUAAAGAGCUGAACCAGUGGGAGCCUCUGACUGAGUACGGGCAAUCUAAAGGCCAUAACAACCCAUACCUAGUGCUGGAGUGUGCCUGGAGAGUGUCUAACUGGGCUGCAAUGAAAGAGGCUCUAGUGCAGGUGGAGCUGAGCUGUCCAAAGGAGAUGGCCUGGAAGGUGAAUAUGCAUCGUGGUUACCUGGCCAUCUGUCACCCCGAGGAGCAGCAGCUCAACUUCAUUGAGCGGCUAGUGGAGAUGGCCAGCAGUCUAGCCAUCAGAGAAUGGAGGAGACUGCCGCACAUUGUUUCUCACGUGCACACGCCCCUGUUACAGGCGGCACAACAGAUUAUUGAGCUACAAGAAGCUGCUCAGAUCAAUGCAGGCCUCCAGCCCGCCAACCUGGGCCGCAACACCAGCCUCCACGACAUGAAGACCGUGGUGAAGACCUGGAGAAACAGGCUUCCGAUUGUCUCCGAUGACCUCUCCCAUUGGAGCAGCAUCUUUAUGUGGCGGCAGCACCACUAUCAGGCCAUUGUGACUGCUUAUGAAACCAACACGCAACAUGAUCCAAACACUAACAAUGCCAUGCUUGGAGUGCACGCCUCCGCAUCAGCCAUUAUUCAGUAUGGGAAGAUCGCCCGGAAGCAAGGUCUGGUCAAUGUAGCUUUGGACAUUCUGAGUCGCAUCCACACCAUCCCCACCGUGCCUAUUGUAGACUGCUUUCAGAAGAUUCGUCAGCAGGUUAAAUGCUACCUGCAGUUGGCUGGAGUAAUGGGCAAGAAUGAAUGCAUGCAGGGUCUGGAGGUGAUUGAGUCCACUAACCUGAAGUACUUCACCAAGGAGAUGACCGCCGAGUUCUACGCUCUCAAGGGCAUGUUCUUAGCCCAGAUCAAUAAGUCAGAGGAGGCAAAUAAGGCAUUCUCUGCUGCAGUGCAGAUGCAUGAUGUUCUGGUGAAAGCCUGGGCAAUGUGGGGCGACUACUUGGAGAACAUCUUUGUUAAAGACCGCCAGCCCCACCUUGGUGUCUCCGCCAUUACCUGUUACUUACACGCCUGCCGCCAUCAGAAUGAGAGCAAGUCACGUAAAUACCUGGCCAAGGUGCUGUGGCUGUUGAGUUUUGAUGAUAAGAACACAUUGGCUGAUGCUGUGGACAAAUACUGCAUUGGAGUGCCGCCCAUCCAAUGGCUGGCCUGGAUCCCUCAGCUCCUCACAUGUCUGGUUGGCUCAGAGGGGAAACCUCUCCUUAACCUCAUCAGCCAGGUGGGACGUGUCUACCCUCAAGCAGUGUACUUUCCAAUCCGAACCCUGUACCUGACGCUGAAAAUCGAGCAGAGGGAGCGCUACAAGAGCGAUUCUGGCCAGCAGCAGCCCAGUUCAGCGGCUGCUCAGACCCACUCAGUGUCCGACCCGGGUCCCAUCCGUGCCACUGCUCCCAUGUGGCGCUGCAGCCGGAUCAUGCACAUGCAGCGUGAGCUCCACCCCACCCUGCUCUCUUCUCUGGAGGGCAUCGUGGACCAGAUGGUCUGGUUCAGGGAGAACUGGCACGAGGAGGUCCUGCGGCAGCUCCAGCAGGGCCUAGCUAAAUGCUACUCGGUGGCAUUCGAAAAGAGUGGAGCCGUGUCCGAUGCUAAAAUCACUCCGCAUACGCUCAACUUUGUAAAAAAGCUGGUCAGCACUUUUGGAGUGGGCCUGGAGAAUGUCUCUAAUGUGUCCACCAUGUUCUCAAGUGCUGCCUCAGAGUCCCUGGCCCGCCGAGCUCAAGCCACCGCUCAAGACCCUGUGUUCCAGAAGAUGAAGGGCCAGUUCACCACAGAUUUUGACUUCAGCGUUCCCGGCUCCAUGAAACUUCACAAUCUCAUUUCAAAGCUGAAGAAGUGGAUCAAGAUUCUGGAAGCCAAGACGAAGCAACUACCGAAGUUCUUCCUGAUCGAGGAGAAAUGCCGUUUCCUUAGCAACUUCUCGGCCCAGACUGCUGAAGUUGAGAUCCCGGGAGAAUUCCUCAUGCCUAAGCCCACACACUAUUACAUCAAGAUUGCCAGGUUCAUGCCCAGGGUGGAGAUUGUUCAAAAGCACAACACAGCUGCUCGACGACUCUACAUCCGCGGGCACAACGGCAAGAUCUAUCCAUACUUGGUGAUGAAUGACGCAUGUCUGACGGAGUCCCGCAGAGAGGAGCGUGUCUUACAACUCUUGCGGCUACUCAACCCCUGCUUGGAGAAGAGGAAAGAGACCACCAAGAGACACCUCUUUUUCACAGUCCCAAGGGUGGUGGCGGUGUCUCCUCAAAUGCGGUUAGUGGAGGACAAUCCAUCGUCUCUGUCUCUAGUGGAAAUCUACAAGCAGCGUUGUGCUAAGAAGGGCAUUGAGCACGACAACCCUAUUUCCCGCUAUUAUGACCGACUUGCAACUGUUCAGGCUAGAGGAACCCAAGCCAGCCAUCAGGUCCUGCGUGACAUUCUGAAGGAGGUCCAGGGCAACAUGGUUCCUCGUAGCAUGUUGAAGGAGUGGGCGCUGCACACCUUCCCCAACGCCACAGACUAUUGGACCUUCCGCAAAAUGUUCACCAUCCAGCUUGCUCUAAUUGGCCUGGCUGAGUUCAUGUUGCACCUGAACCGUCUCAACCCAGAGAUGCUGCAGAUUGCUCAGUUUUCUGACAGGCAAAGGAAUGGGCGGCUAAGUGGGUAUAGACACUGGGCAGCUGCCAACAGCCUGGACAACCUGUGCCGCAUGGACCCUGCCUGGCACCCUUGGUUGUAGACAGGCAUGUAUAGAAACAAAUUCUGGCAGAUCUCUGAGAAAUGCAAUACUGUGAAAGUGAAUGUCAGUCGAUGAAUUUGUCCCAUGAGUUUAAAAAACAUCAUGUGUUGAGUUAACAUUUGGAAGGGGUUAUAUAAUAAUGCACAAACUGUAAUUUAAAAAAGAACUGGAUAAUACUUAAGGUCUUUAGUAUUCACUGUUAUUCACAGGUAAGAGAUACAUGCAGCAAUUAAAAGCAGCUUUGUUUGGUUGGAGGAACUAUUGUUAAACUGAUGAGCUUAGCAAGGUGCUUUUGUUGAGACUGUCAUGACGGUAUAGGACAGCCUUUAAGAAAAUACUGUUUCCGCAGCCUUUUUUUGGCUCUACACUGGAAGAGGGCGCAGCAGCUAUCCCGGUAGGUUUUAUGCAACUCCCAUCAAGCUCUCCCUUUACGCCUGCGCCAUUCUCUCUGACUGACGGCAGCCUUUUAAAUUUAGUAAUCUAAUUUACAUGCAUCAACACUCAGCAAUUUUCAGCAUGUUGUUACGUGUCAGUAUGUCAUUAUUUAAAGUUAUUUGUGGGAAUAUUUUUCUUUAACCUUUGUACAUCAUGUAAAAAUGACAUUGCAUCCCUUAAUUGUUGUGUAGUUUUCAACAGGUUUGUGCAAUUUAAAGCUGCCAUGUGUUAGUCAACCAUAGAUUUUUUUUUUUUUUGGCAAAAUACUCUGGAAAGGCAAAGACCUGUGAGCCUUAAGACAGGGGUAGCUCUGUAUUUAGCUAAUUUUUAGUUAAUCAUAGCACAUACAAUUAAAUUAUCCGUUGUUACAGCUCAAAGUUUUUCAACUUUGCCUUUUUAGGAGUGUCCCAAAACAUUUGUAUCUCACUGAUACACCUAAAAGCAUUUUUGUAUACAUUCCCCUCUUUUGUAAAGGUACAGAAUAUUGUGCCAACAUAUGAAUAAGUUACCUCUGCAAUGUAAAUAUGCAUUUUGUUUUAAUAAAAUGCUCUUUUUCAA